AUGUCCUUCUGGAAGGCGCCCAGCCUCUGCCGCUGGCGCAUCCCUCGGGCUGAGCUGGCAAGUUUCAAGAACGAGACAAACUGGGCAUGGCGCCGCUCCUUUGCAUCAAUUGGCCGGCAGAUCGCUGCACCAUCGUCGACGGAGGAUCGGGAAGGCGCAGAUGUGGCUCUCGGGCUGAUCGUCCUAGCUCUCCACGUCAAUGCAACGGGAGGCGUGUCAUGCGCCGGUGCCCUGCAGCAGUUCCCUCGGUGGAUACGAGAGCUCGUUCAAGACGUGUCGAAGGUAGAGGAUCGGCUGUGUGGUAAGAUGAGAUGGGAUGAUCCUGUUGUUAGUUUCGUGUUAGCAUCCCAAUUGCCGGAGCCUGGUCGCCUCGCCUCGAAUCCCGGUUGGAUCCAAGCAUUGCGGCGAUGCCAGGAUGCUGCCAGAUGUUUUCUUGGAAAUGCUUGA